AGACUUGCCCAAAGCUUAGGUUCCAUCCCGGUUGUCUUAAUCAGCUGUUCACCUAGGAGAUGUGAGAGAUGCUCAAGAGAAGCAGAGCGUCUGGAUAGUAAGCACGGAGAAGCCGGGGCAGCUGGGGGGUGGGAGAGUCAGACAGGUUGCUGGAAGAGGCUGCUGAGAUGGGGCAACGAUGAGAGGAAUCUGUGUGCUCCUGGGCAAACCGCUUCCUUUGUGGGGGCCUUGGUUUCCUCAUCUGUGCAAUGGAAAGAUUGGUUAGAAAACGCCACAGGUCCUUUUCCAAUAUGAACUCCACCAGUCCCUAAAACGACUGGCGUCAAAGAGCUGACCUGGGAAUUAAUUAUUCAAAUUAAUCAAAAGCGUCUGGCACCCUCGGGGGCUCCACCCCAGCAUUGGGCAAUCUAAUCCACGCUCACUUCCUCCGCCGAGCUCUCAGCGCCGCGCCCUCUCAGUCAGGCAGCUCUGCCCUCCUGGAGGCGGCCUACAGGUGAAGAGCCCAGAGUCCUGGCCAGGAUUUAAGUUCGCCUCCAGUAUGGGAGAAUUUAACUUUGCGAAUUACUAUGAUGAAGAGUUCAGCAAUUACAGUUACAACACUGACCUGCCCUAUAUUCUACCGGACUCGGCCCCAUGCCGGCCAGAAACUCUGGAAAUGAACACAUAUGCCCUGGUCGUCAUCUACGCCCUGGUCUUCCUGCUGAGCCUGCUGGGAAACUCCCUGGUGAUGCUGGUCGUCUUAUACACCCGGGUCAGCCGCUCUGUCACUGAUGUCUACCUGCUGAACCUGGCCAUAGCCGACCUGCUCUUUGCCUUGACCUUGCCUAUCUGGGCCGCCUCCAAGGCAAAGGGCUGGACCUUUGGCACAGUCCUGUGCAAGCUGGUCUCGCUCCUGAAGGAAGUCAACUUCUACAGCGGUAUCCUACUGCUGGCCUGCAUCAGCGUGGACCGCUACCUGGCCAUCGUCCACGCCACACGCACACUGACCCAGAAGCGGCACUGGGUCAAGUUCAUAUGCUUGGGCAUCUGGAUCCUGUCCUUCAUCCUGGCCCUGCCCGUCUUCCUCUUCCGAAAGGCCAUCUACCCGCCCUAUUCUGGCCCAGUCUGCUACGAGGACAUGGGCGCCAACACAACAAAAUGGCGGAUGGUGAUGCGGGUCCUGCCCCAGACCUUCGGCUUCCUCGUGCCACUGCUGGUCAUGCUGUUCUGCUACGGUCUCACCCUGCGCACGCUGUUUCAGGCCCACAUGGGGCAGAAGCACCGGGCCAUGCGGGUCAUCUUUGCUGUCGUGCUCGUCUUCCUGCUCUGCUGGCUGCCCUACAACCUGGUCCUGGUCUCAGACACCCUCAUGAGGCUCCAGGUCAUCCAGGAGACCUGUGUGCGUCGCAAUGACAUUAACCGGGCCCUGGACGCCACCGAGAUUCUGGGCUUCUUCCACAGCUGCCUCAAUCCCCUCAUCUACGCCUUCAUUGGCCAGAAGUUUCGCCACGGACUGCUCAGGAUCAUGGCCAUCCACGGCCUGGUCAGCAAGGAGUUCUUGGCCAAGGACAGCAGGCCUUCCUUUGUGGGCUCUUCUUCAGGGAACACUUCUAUCACGCUCUAGGGCGCCCCGCCCCUGUGGCAGCCCCUCACGGCUCCUCCCUUCCCCUCAGCAUCCCAUUCCAAGCCUCACGGCCGCUGGCUGCUCACAGUCUCCGGGUCAAGGAGCCGCCAUCGUGGCUACAGGAAGUUCCGAGGCCACGUGCUUCCCGGGUGCCCGCUGUGUGGCUUGGAAAGCCUGCCCUGGUGCCCCAGCCCUGCCAGAAUUGCUGUGUCUGCUGCCAGAGCUCUGUCCGCCCGUCUGCUGAGCCCACAGCACUCUGUCUUCCGGGACAUUUGAAAGACGUUCUUUCAAGUGACUACAAAACCUUCCUGCCACUGGGAGCCAUCAGUGGCGACACCAUCAGUGCCUCCCCAGCUCUCCCUUUGCCGCCUGCUCGCGUGGUCCAGCUCCCUUGAGAGAGGCCGAGAAUGACAGAUGCUCACUUUCCAAAACCCCAUUAAGCUAGGAGUGGCCGUAUCACCCCGUUCUGACUAACAGUGUGCUGGUCAACUCCACUUCUGGGGAAAAUGUCGUGAUCUGCAGCGUUCGCCAAGUUCCCUGGUUUAAAUGCUGCCACCAUGGCCAUUUGAAGGGUGGUGGUGUUUAGCAAUCAGCUCACAAAAUUCUAGAGAAUGUAAUAAUCUGCUUUCCUAAGCAGAUACAAACUGGCUUCAACGCACCAUUGCUUAAGAGGAAGCCUGCUGGGGCUAGGGGACUCCUGAGAAAUAUUCCUGAUUAAAAAGAGAGAGACACACACACACAUAUAUCCCUGGUCCUUGCCUUUGAAUAUGGUUAUAGAGUAUGAUAUGUGGAGCUGAGGCAGCCACUUUGUGACAAUGGGGCAAAAAGCCCAACAUCCUUAGACUGAUGGAGCCAGAGGAUCAAAAGAACCUGAGAAGAAAGAGCCUGGAACUAAACCUAAGCAUAAAGGGUCAAAUGAUUUUCAAUAAGGGUGCCAAGAUUAUUCAAUGGGGAAAGGAUAGUCUUGCAACAAAUGGUGCUGGGAAAAGUAGAUGCUCAUAUGCAAAAGAAUGAAAUUGGUCCCUUUCUUUACACCAUAUACAAAAUUAACUCAAAAUGGAUCAAACACCUAAACAUGUGAGCUAAAACUAUGAAUCUCUUAGAAGAAAACAUAGGGAGAAAUCUUCAUGACAUUGAAUUUGGCAAUGAUUUCUUGGAUAUGACACAAAGGCAUAGGCAACAAAAGGAAAAAUAGAUAAAUUGGACUUCAUCAAAGUUAAAAACUUCUGUGCAUGAAUGGACACUAUUAACAGAGUGAAAAGGCAAACCACAGAAUGGGAGAAAAUAUUUGCCAAUCAUGUGUCUUAUAAGGGGUUAACGUCCAGAAUAUAUAAAGAAUUCUUACAAGUCAACAGAAAAAAAAAUUAAAAAACAAUCCAAUUCAAAAAUGGAUUUCUCUUCAAAAAUUCUUUCUCCAAAGAACAUAUACAAAUAGCCCACCACUAAUAAUUACAGAAAUGCAAAUCAAAACCAUAAUGAGGUCCCACUUCACAUCCAUUAGGAUGAUUAUUAUCAGAAAAAGAAAAACAGAAAAUAACAAGUGUUGACAAGGAUAUCGAGGAACUGGAACCCUUGUACAAGGCUGGUGCAAAUGUAAGAUGGUGCAGCCACCGUGCACGACAGCCUGGCGCUUCCUCAAAAAAUUAAACAUAGAGUUACCAUAUGAUCAGCAAUUUCCAUUCUAGAUGUGUAAGCAAAAGAACUGAAAGCAGAGACUCAAACAGAUAUUUGUCGGAGUUCACAGCAGCAUUAUUGACAACAGCCGAGAGGUGGAGACAAUCUAAACGUCCAUCCACAGAUGAAUGGAGAAACAAAAUGCGGCAUGUCCAUACAAUGGAAUAUCAUUCACUCCUAAAGAGGAAUGAGAUUCUGACGUAUGCUACAACUGGAUGAACCUUGAAAACGUCAUGCUAAGUGAAACAAGCCAGUCACUUAUAUUGUUUGAUUCCACUUACACAGGUAACUAGAACAGUUGGAUUCAAAGAGAAGAAAGUGAAACAGUGGUUACCAGAGAUUGGGGGGAGGAGAAAAUGGGGAGUUGUUGUUUAAUGGGUACACAAUUCAGUUCAGAGUAGUGAGAAUGUUCUCGAGCUGGACAGUGGUGAUAGUCGCACAACAAUGUGAAUGUACUUAAUGCCACUAAAUGAUACACUUUCAAAUGGUUAAAAUGGUAAAUUUUAUGUUGUAUAUAUAUUUUACCACAAUUGGAAGCAAAAUCCUAGUUCCAAAAAGGUGAACUUUAACCACUGAAUCAACCCUGGAACCACCUACCUGUAACUUCUUGUUAAGAGAGACAAUUAAAUGCUUUUUUGUAUAAACCA